AUGCGAGCAGUACUGUUAAAAGAUUUUGGCGACAUAAGCAAUAUGUACAUUGGAGAAACAGCAGUACCAAAACCAAAGGAUGAUGAAGUACUGAUUAAAGUUCAUGCAUUUGGUGUCAAUCGUGCGGAUACUUCACAACGUCAGGGAAAAUAUCCGCCUCCACCCGGUAAUAGCGAUAUUAUGGGUCUCGAGGCUGCAGGUGAAAUUGUUCAGUUAGGAGGUGAAGCAAAGCAAUUUAACUUGAAAGUUGGAGAUCAAGUAAUGACCCUCGUAGGUGGGGGAGGGUAUGCAGAGUAUGUGACAGCACACGUUGGUUGUGUUAUGCAUAUACCAAAAGGUUUAUCCAUGAUUGAAGCAGCUGCAAUUCCAGAAACGUUUUUAACCGCAUUUCAAGGUUUAAGAACGAUUGCUCAUUUGAAAAAAGAUGAUAUUGUUCUCGUGCAUGCUGGUGCAUCUGGUGUUGGUACGGCUGCGAUUCAACUUGUGAAAUUAUUUGGUGCUCAUUGUUGUACGACUGCCGGAAGCGAAAAAAAGUUAGAGUAUUGUAAAAAGUUAGGUGCCGAGGUUGCUUUCAAUUAUAAACAAGGACCUUGGCUUGACACAAUUAAAAAAUUUGCCACUGAUCAAAACAAAGAUGGUGUCGAUAUCGUCUACGAUAGUAUUGGAAAAGAUUAUAUUGAACAAAAUCAAGAAGUACUCGGUACCAAUGGAAGAUGGGUAGUUUAUUCGACACAAAGCGGUGCAACAGCUGAUAAGUUGUCACUUAAUAUAUUAAUGAAAAAACGUAUUCAGUUAACGGGAACUGUAUUAAGAGCAAGGCCAAAAGAAUACAAAACAGAACUUGUAAAAAAUUUUAAAGAACAAGCUUUAGAUGGUUUUACAAAUGGUACACUCAAAUGUGUUAUCGAUAAAGUUUUUCCAUUUGAACAAGUAGCUGAUGCACAUGCAUAUAUAGAAGCGGAUAAAACAAUGGGAAAACUUGUCAUACAAAUUUUAUAA